AUGGCCAUCAUGGCAUUCACAUUUGUUGGCGCCUCCUUAAUGGGCAGCAUAGGCAUGCUCCUGUUUCUCUCGAUAAGUUACAUGACCGGCCGUUGGCCAUUUGGCAAACGCCCUACCAUGAAUGUCCCAACCGUUUCUCCCCGCCCCAACGCACUUUUUGACUUUGGAUUACUCUUACUCCAAGGCUACUUUGAGCACCCAAACAAGCCGUACAAAAUCAUCGGGCCAACGUCGGAUCUCAUAUUGCUACCUAAACAAUACGCCUCUGAGCUGGGGACGUACAGCUCUCAACAACUCAGCUUUGGGUCAGCUAUACAUGAUUUCUGGAUGUCGAAAUACACCACUUGGAGGUACCAUUUGGAUGACGAGACUGGACGUCAAACACUCAUGGGGGCCCUUAGACGAGACGGCCAGCAUGUUGUUUCGGCCAUUGACGAAGAAAUCGAACGGGGUUUUAAGGAAUGGGAAGACCAGUUCUUUCAGUCAUCAAAAGACAAAGGUCACAUCAACCGCAACGCCUCCGAUGACGGUUGGGUGGACAUCUCAAUGAACCCGUGUCUCCGGCCGUUGGUCAACCAAGCCUUUGGAAGGGUUCUGAUCGACGCACCGCUGUGCCGCGACGCGGACUGGGUUAACGCCGCAAGUGGGAUCGGCAUAAAGCUGAUGUUGGCGGCUCGAGACCUCCGCGGAUUGCAUGCCUGGUUGCGGCCCGUCGUCAAGCAUUUCUUACCAAACUACCGCAACCUGAUGGCAGCAAGGAGAAGGCUCGCGGAAAGAAUAGCGCCACUCGUGAAAGCGCGUCUGCAUCAGGACAGUGCUGUGGAAGAGAAAUCACACGACAUGAUUGCGUACCAGCUGCAACACUCGAAAGGAUGGCGCGCUACUGAUGUCGACUUCCACGUCGGUCAGAUCUUUGAUAACGUGUUUGCUGGAGAUAACGAUACCCAGUUAUUGCAAUGCAUUUAUGACUUAGCAUCAUUACCCGAAUGCCAGCAGACCCUUCGCAACGAAGUUCGCAACGUUCUCGGCCAGGGAAGCAAUAUCACCUUGGAAGCAUUGUCACGGAUGCCAAAGGUAGACAGCUUCAUGAAAGAAGUAGUCCGUACCAGACCGGGUACCUUAAUUGUCAUGGCCCGGAAAGCCCUCUGCGAUGUUCAACUCUCGGACGGCCUCGUCAUCCCACGUGGCGUCACAGUGGCCAUGCCAUCGUUUGCCAUAAAUCACGACCCGGCUCUUUAUGGCGAGGACGCGGCUGAUUUCAAGCCAUUCCGAUUCGUCACCAGCGACGAUUCCACUCCCCCCUCGACGGCCUUUGAGUCAAUUUCCGGGCCGGGGAUCGACUUUGGACGUGGCAAGGCUUCUUGCCCAGGACGCUACAUUUCUUUGUGGACCAUGAAGGUUGUGCUUGCGCGGUUCCUUCUCCACUACGAGGUGAAGCUGAAGCCUGGAUCAACCCGACCGAAAGAUAUUGCGGCAGGGGUGCACAGAAUUGCAGACAUGGUAGGUAAUAUGCUGAUUAGAAAAGUGGAAGCAUAA